AUGACUACACCGAAUACUGAGGCCCUCCCUCAGUUUCCUGGCGAUGACACUAGGCCGACCAGCAAGCGGGAGCUGGCUGGCUGGUAUUGCUAUGGCUGGGCUGCUGAGGUCUUCGUAGUAUGCGCCAUGGGAUCCUUUCUUCCUAUCACCCUCGAGCAGAUGGCUCGAGAUCGGGGUGUCCUACUCUCAGACAAAACAACACCAUGCAGCGCCACUUGGAGUCCAUCUCUACCACCCGAUGGAAGCAAAUUGGGGUAUCAGACCCAAUCGAAUGGCGGCCAGUGCAUUAUCUAUUUUCUCGGCGCUGAAAUUAACACCGCCAGCUUUGCUUUGUACACGUUCUCACUCAGCGUCUUGGUCCAAGCCAUUUUGAUUAUUUCAAUGUCAGGCGCUGCUGACCAUGGAACUUAUCGCAAGAAACUGUUGAUCAUGUUCGCUUUUAUUGGCUCCAUUGCAACAAUGUUGUUCCUGGCCGUCGUGCCCAGAGUGUACCUUCUAGGUGGACUUCUCGCUAUCAUCUCUAACACGUGCUUUGGUGCAUCAUUUGUCCUCCUCAAUUCGUUCCUCCCGGUUCUAGUUCGUCACCACCCAUCGUUGCUCAAAGAGGGAGAAGGGGAGAGGCCGCCGAGUGAUGUUACGGCGGUCAAUGGCGAAGGUCGGCCUGUCCCAGGAACGAUUGAUCAAACAGAUCCAGAUGACACUACUCCGCUACUGGGGCCUAGCAGUGGGACCAAAGAUCCAUCUCACCUUGCGACUUCUCUGGAGCUUCGACUUUCGACCCAAAUCUCAUCGAAUGGUAUUGGUAUAGGAUAUAUCGGUGCCGUGAUUCUUCAAAUAAUCUCCAUUUUGGUGGUCGUGGUGGUGCGUCCCCCAACAUUCUCUCUACGUGUUGUGCUCUUCUUGAUUGGGCUUUGGUGGUUCAUCUUCACCAUUCCGGCAGCUUUGUGGCUGCGUACCCGGCCCGGCCCGCCUUUGUUAGGAAGUGAUGGCAAGCCACUCGAUUCAUGGAUGGCCCACAUGGCGUACGCCUGGAAAUCACUCGGCAAGACUAUCAUGCGGGCACGACGAUUGAAAGACAUCGGGAUCUUCCUUGCCGCCUGGUUUCUCCUCAGCGACGGGAUCGCGACCGUUAGCGGCACUGCUGUUCUGUUUGCCAAAACAGAAUUGGACAUGAAACCUGCUGCUCUCGGAUUGAUUAAUGUCAUUGUCAUGGUUGCAGGGGUUUUUGGCGCGUUUUCCUGGAGCUACGUAUCGAGUUAUUUUGAUCUGCGAGCUUCACAGACCAUCAUAGCAUGCAUUGUCCUCUUUGAGCUGAUCCCAUUAUAUGGUCUCUUGGGAUUCAUUCCGGCUGUGAAACGCGCGGGACUUGGUCUUCAUCAGCCUUGGGAGAUGUACCCCUUGGGCGCAGUUUAUGGCCUUGUCAUGGGCGGAUUAUCAUCCUAUUGCCGAAGCUUCUUCGGAGAACUCAUCCCUCAAGGCUACGAAGCGGCCUUUUAUGCUCUCUACGCAAUUACGGACAAAGGAUCCAGCAUCUUUGGGCCAGCCAUUGUCGGUUCCAUCACCGAUCGAUACGGGGACAUCCGCCCUGCGUUUGUAUUUUUGGCUAUUUUAAUAAUAGUCCCCCUCCCCCUCAUGCUUUUAGUAAAUGUCGAACGUGGAAAACGGGAUGCCUUAGAGCUGGGGGCCGAGUUGGACGGCACGCCCGAGGGGGCUGGCGAUGGGGCCUGUCCCCAAGUCCCUCGAGGGGAAGAAGCGGUAGAAGAGUAA